UCAAAGACUAGGAGGUGAUGAUAAAGGAUCUUGGGGAGGAUUCUCCUUGUCAGAGUUUCUGGACACUCAAGCAGCCGCUAUCUUGGGGAUUUUCCCCCAAGUCCUUUAAUAUUGUUUCCAUCCCUAUAUUUUACAAAUUCAAAUUCUGUGAAGUAUAUGUGUGAUAUCUGCCAAAAAAGGUAUUUUCCUUGUCAGAGAAUUGUUAUGGUGUAUUUCAGCUGAAGUUUAAUAAUCUAUUCUCCCAUAUUAAAAAUAUGUAAUUGUGUUUGCUGCAAUUCUUAAUAUUAUUAUAAAUUCCUUUUUGGAUCACCUGAAUUUUAUGCAUCUAAGUGUAGAUAGACAUCUUUUUCUGCUUAUUCAUGUGGAACUUUUCUGCUUCUCCAUACCAACAGGAAGAACAACGUGUAAUCUAUGUUGGCAAAAUUGGGCCUGACAUAACCCGAGCAGAACUGAGGGACCGGUUUGAAGUUUUUGGUGAAAUUGAGGAGUGCUCUGUAAAUCUACAGGACAAUGGAGAUAACUAUGGUUUCAUCACUUACCGCUACACUUGUGAUGCUUUUGCUGCUCUGGAAAAUGGAUACACUCUGCGCAGAUCCAGUGAACCUGACUUUGAGCUGUAUUUUUGUGGACAAAAGCAGUUUUGCAAGUCUAACUAUGCAGACCUAGGUCUAACUUUAUUGUGUUGAUAUAGUGGCACACUGCCUUAUAUAGAUUACCUGGCUGACAUAUAUAAAGUUUUCAAGAGUGUCCUGUGACACUCCCUGCAGUCGUGUGGGAGUGCCAUUCCACUUUCAUUUGGUGCCAUUAAAAGAUUGAUGAUGUUGUGUUGCUCCCUUGCCAUAACCCUUUCAAUUACUACAACAGUAUGGGAUAAGGUAGGGUUUUAAUAGUUGUAUGGUUUUAAUAGUUUUUAAUUGUAAUUUUAGUAGCUUUAUCAUUUGAUUAUGAUUGUAAUAUGUUAUGUUUUAUUUUGAAUUGAUUUGUUUUC